CUUAGAAUCUUAUCUCCUGGAAGACAUGCCUCUCGAAUAGUACUAUUUUCCAAGAAAUAACCCCUUUUCAUGCGAACUCGUGGUAUGUCAUCCAACACGUAAUGUGCAGCGGCCGAUCAGUGAAGAUGCGCGAGGACGACAGAACGACGUUGUACUUACUGUUGGUCCUGGCAUUAUGCACCAGAGUAUAUUCGGUAAAUGCAAGGCAUAUCCUUACAAAGAGGAAUUACAGCGAUCAGAGCGUGAGGGGGUACCUGGCAGAGAGGACAUGCUGGUGGAACGAAGUAUGCAAGGAGGAAUUUCGCAACAAAUUCCGGUGCCGUUGCCCGAGAUGGUCUUAUUGUAGGGCACCGGGUAGAUACUACAACGCACAUUGCAGCAUGACAAAAACCGGAUAUAUAUGGACCCAACCGGAAACAUCGUUAACUCUAGAAAUUGAUAAAUGAGAUACCACCUGAUAGCACAAGGUCGCUGUUUGAUUGUCAAACGAAGUUUCGAUCACAUGAAACGAAUGGAAAAUCAAAAUCUACCCACGCGCUUUAAUAAAAAUUGGGAUCAACAUAGGUCCCAAUUAGUUGUUUAUUAUGCAGUUGAUCCUGCGUUACCAAGCAAAAACGCAAUUAUCGCAUGCUUCGAGCUUAACAAACCAGACAUAUUCUGAACCUUUAACGCUUUUUCUAAAGUCUACCAACGGGUGUCUCCCUUUGGAAGUUAUUCUAUAAUAUCUCGCUAAUUGAAUUGUUAAAUCUUCAUAGAUAAUCAAAUUACAUGUACCGUACGUUUAAUACCGUAUUGCUCAUUUCCAUGGGCAGUCUCAAUUUACUGAUGUUCGUUCGUGGGUUUCCUAGAAACGCCAUUUAUGUAAUGAGCAUCAUGGUCUCAAUGACGACAAUGAGCUUCCAAUAUUUGUGAUUAUUGUUAAUACCGCCAAGCCGGUGUAAAGAAAUAACUUUUUGUGAACAAUUACGGUUUUCUUUUAUGUUACAUUACCUACUAUCACCUGUACAUUACAUAUAAAGAUAGAAAGGAUGCAUUAGAAUACAACAUAUGUGUAUGUACGAUUAUACAGUGUACAUAUACCGGUUGAGAAAUUUAACUUGAGAUACCGUCGUAUACUUUGAGCAAAGCUUUAUAUAGAAAAAAUUGUCAUUUCAAAGUUUCUUGAUGUCAAAGGGAGAAGUAAAAUGAUAACGAUCAUUACUUAUUUCAGGUUUCAUUUUCAAGGUCAUUUCUAGGUGAACUUCAAUCUUUUUAGUGGAAAUCCUAUUUAUUUAUCGCGACAUUGUGUUUUGUGAAAAAGAAGUUACUUUCAUUCAAAACAUUUUUACACGACUUCAAUUUCGUAAAAUAAUAAUAAAAAUAAUGUUAAGUACUUUCGAUUUCAAGUUACCUUGUUAAAUAGCACCAUUUUGCUAUUUACAUCAGUCAAUCUUUGUGUCGGUUAAGGAAAGUCUUCACAGUUACAAAUUAAUUAAUCGCCUUCAUCAUUUUAAUAAGGUGAAAAUGGUAAUUUUUAACAUUAAUGCAUUUCUUAACGCGCGUUAUAAAAGAUUGAUGAUAUUGCAUUAACGUCAGUCCAUCGAUUUUUCUACAUGUUUCUUUAAUACGUUUCGUCCUACAUUGUGGAGGGAUUGAAACUUUUUGGGAAAUUCUUUAAGAAUAUUACACAAAAAGAAAUUACGAGAAGUGCGAUCUGGUGAUCUAGGAGGCCAUGCAAUUGGACCAUCUUUUCCAAUCUAGUGGACUUUACAGAAGCUCAGUGCUUCCUUUCCUUGAGCUUUACCCUUGCAUUUCCUUAAAAAUCACUUGCAAUAAUAAUUAAAAUUGAAAAUAAUUUCAAUUUUUUCUGCAACUGAUAACUGUAUAACCUAUUAUUUACCUAACAUUGAAAUUGCAAUUGAAAAGAACACUUGACGAAUCAUAUGACGAAAAUGAUUUUAAUGAAGAUUUUAAGAAUUUAAUCACUUGCAAUGAUAAUUAAAUUUGAAAAUGAUUUCAAUUUUUUCUGCAAGUGAUAACUGUAUAACCAAUUUUUUACGUAACACUGAAAUUGCAAUUGAAAAGAACACUUAACGAAUCAUAUGACGAAAAAGGUUUUAAUGGAGAUUUUAAGAAUUUAAUCACUUGCAAUAAUAAUUAAAUUUGAAAAUGAUUUCAAUUUUUUCUGCAAGUGAUAACUGUAUAACCAAUUCUUUACCUAACACUGAAAUUGCAAUUAAAAUGAACACUUAACGAAUUAUAUGACGAGAAAGAUUUUAAUGAGAUCUUCCGGCACUUGUCAAAAGCUAAUGAAUGAAUGUGGUUUAAUACGAUUCUGCGACAACAAAAGAGUACAUUGGAAUUUGUAAACGUUACUUGCUCGGAUAAUAGACUUAAUUGACAUGAAAAGCUGUAACUAUGACGACUUUCCUUAACAUACAUAAAGUCGUAAAUAAUAAAAAGGAGCUGUUGAACAAUGUAACUCGGAACGGAAAGUUCUUAACAUCAUUUUUAUUAUCAUCUUGCAACAUUUACGCGGUUAAAAAAAUGUUUUAAACGAAAAUUACUUCUUUUUCCCACAAAGUACAAUGUCGAAAUGAAAAAAAUAGAGUUUCCAUUUAAACAAUUGAAGUUGACCAUGAAAUGAACUUGAAAUAAAUAAUGAUCGUUACCAUUAUACUUCCCCCUCGACAUCAAGAAACUUUUUGUUUUUUCUAAAAUGCUUUAUUUGUUGUAUACAAUGGUGUCUCAGGUUGAACGCUCCACAGGAUAUGGUAAACAAUUCUAUCUUUAUAAAUUGUCCCAUGGGUAUAGUAGGUAUAAUUAAUUUUAUCAAUCAACGUGAUAUCAAAAAAAUUGUUACAGAACUCGAUUAGAAUAAGUUUGGUAAAAUUUUAUUGAUGACCGAUUUUCCAGCAAAUGAGAAUGAUCACACCGUCACAGAUCAACGAAAGUUGAUCACUUUUAAUCAAUUUUGUAUGAUACUUUCUCAUUUUCAUUGAUACAUUAAUAAUUUCAAUUUUUAAGACGUGAUCGCUCGUGAUUAACCGUCGUGUUUUUUAAAAUCUCAAUGAGAUUUAAAAUUAAAAUGUUCGUUAUAAUGAACACCAAAAUGUGAAAAGUGAUAACGAUAUGUGAUGCAAUGACUAUCAAUACCAGGACAUUCAUACUGCUGUACUAGAAUUCAAGAAUUUCGUGUUUCCUCACUAUCAAUGAUAUAAUCAUCACAUUCAAUGAUACAAAUCUAGUUAAAAGAUUUUGCGACAAUAUUU